UCACAUACUUCCUGUUUACAAUCCUAUACUGACAGUCAUUCAUUUCUGCGUUGUUUGAUUAAACAAAAUUCCGGCUACUUUCAUGUAGUAUCGACAGACCUUACAGCCAUGAUUCCGUAUACUGUAAACAUUAAACUAGCCGCACGGACACUCACCGGGACUUUGAGUUUGCAGAACAAAGUAGCAGUUGACUGGGGUUGGCAAGGUCUGAUUGCUCAGGGAUGCCACUCCAGCAUCCUCAUUAUCGACCCAAAGACCGCUCAGACCAUUCAGGUCCUGGAGAGACACAAAUCCAAUGUUGUCAAGGUAAAAUGGUCCAGGGAGAACUACCAUCACAACCUGAGCUCGCCUUACUCCUUGCGGCUGGCGUCAGCCGACGCCUCAGGCAAAAUCAUCGUGUGGGACGUUGUGAGCGGCAUGGCACACUGCGAGAUCCAGGAGCACUCCAAACCCAUCCAGGACAUGGACUGGCUAUGGAAUCAGGAUGCGUCACAUGACUUGCUUUUAGCCGUGCACCCUCCCAACUACAUAGUGCUGUGGAACGGAGACACUGGGACCAAGCUGUGGAAGAAGAGCUAUGCCGAGAACAUCCUGUCCUUCUCUUUCGACCCGUUCGACCCCUCUAAUUUAGCUUUGCUGACCAGCGAGGGGAUCGUUUUCAUCACAGACUUCUCACCAUCUAAACCACCUGGCAGCAGCGGGAAGAAGGUUUACAUCGCCAGCCCGCACUCCAGCCCUGCUCACAGCAAGCCCGCUGCAACGCAUCCCACUGGUGCUAAAAAAGCUCUCAACAAGGUCAAAGUGCUCAUCACCAAUGAGAAACCAAUGGCUGAGGCAGUAACCCUAAACGACUGUCUCCAGUUGUCCUACCUACCCUUAAAGAAGAGUCAUAUGUUACUGCUGUACCCCAGAGAGAUCCUCAUCCUGGACCUGGAGCUCAGCCAGACGGUGGGGGUGGUGGCCAUCGAGCGCUCCGGCGUGCCCUUUAUACAGGUGAUUCCCUGUGCACAGAGGGACGCUCUCUACUGCCUGCAUGAGAACGGCUGCAUCACACUGCGUGUGUGUCGAUCCACUGCGCUCUCAGUGGAGGAAACAGCAGCUGUGGUGUCUGACACAGAGCAGGGAGUGCAGGAGCUGUCGUACGAUCUGCGCUCACAGUGUGAUGCCAUCCGUGUGACUAAGACGGUGCGGCCGUACCGGGCGGUGAUCUGCCCAGUCAACGAGAACAGAGCCGCGCUGGUGGUUAGCGAUGGACGCAUCAUGCUUUGGGAACUUAAAGCUCAUGCUGGCAAAGCAUCGUCCAACCUCAGUUCAGGCUUGUCCCCUCUCUACUCUCCGGUGAAUUUCUGUGGGACGCCAUUGGGUCAGAACCAGAAACGUAUCCCAGACCUCUCCCUCAACACAAUGAUUGGUCCCACUUUGAUCUCAGGUGUCGAUCCCCCUGUAUCCGUGGUGGGGCAGCAGGAGGUACAGCUGAAGUUCCUACUGACAGGACUGUUGUCUGGUUUGCCCAUGGCACCCUUUGCACUGCGUAUGUGUCCUCCUUUAACCACUAAAAAUAUCCAGCACUACCAGCCGCUGCUGGCCGUGGGUUCGAGUAAUGGCUCGGUGCUUGUGUAUAACCUGACGAGCGGUCUCCUUCACAAAGAGCUCAGCGUGCAUUCAUGUGAAGUCAGAGGGAUCGAGUGGGUUAGUUUGAACAGUUUCCUGUCCUUUGCCACCUCGGCUCCCAACAAUAUGGGCCUUGUGAGGAAUGAACUUCAGCAUGUGGACUUGCGCACAGGCAGGUGCUUUGCAUUCCGAGGCGAGCGCGGCAAUGAUGAGCCAGCCAUCGAAAUGAUUAAAGUGUCGCAUCUAAAGCAGUAUCUGGUGGUGGUGUUUAGAGACAAACCCCUUGAACUCUGGGACGUGCGCACAGGAACCUUGCUGCGUGAGAUGGCUAAGAACUUCCCUUCAGUUACUGCAUUGGAGUGGUCUCCCUCGCACAAUUUGAAGAGCCUGAAGAAAAAACAGAUAGCUGCUCGAGAGGCCAUGGCCAGACAGACCACGCUGUCGGACGCUGAGCAGAGCAGUGUCGAGUCCUCGGUCAUCAGUCUGUUGCAGGACGCAGAGAGCAAGGCAGAGACGAGUCAGGGCAUCUCGGCCCGCGAGCACUUUGUGUUCACUGACACGGACGGCCAGGUCUUCCACAUCACUGUAGAGGGCAACACUGUGAAGGAAGGGGCUCGCAUCCCCCCUGAUGGGAGCAUGGGCAGCAUCGCCUGCAUCGCAUGGAAGGGAGACACAUUAGUUCUGGGAGAUGUGGAUGGAAACCUGAAUUUCUGGGAUCUGAAGGCCCGUCUGUCCAGAGGUGUUCCUACACACCGUGGAUGGGUAAAGAAGAUCCGUUUCGCUCCUGGUAAGGGCAACCAGAAGCUGCUGGUGAUGUACACUGAUGGAGCUGAGGUGUGGGACACCAAAGAGGUGCAGAUGGUCAGCAGUAUCAGAGUGGGCCGAAAUGUGAGUUAUCGUAUCCUGGACAUCGACUGGUGCACAUCAGAUAAGGUGGUUCUGGCCUCAGAUGACGGCUGUGUCCGCGUCCUAGAGAUGGCCAUGAAGUCUGCCAGCUAUAGAAUGGAUGAGCAAGAUCUAACAGAUCCAGUGUGGUGUCCGUACCUGUUGCUCCCACGUGCUGCUCUCACCCUGAAGGCCUUCCUUUUGCUGCAGCCCUGGUCUGGAACCUUCACCAUGGACAUAACUCAAGUGGACUACCAAGAGAAGGAUGAAAACAAAGGCUUGGUGCAAGAACAGCUGAACUCCUUGUCCAAUGACAUCAAAAGCGUACUCCAGGACCCAGAGCUCAAUCUGCUUCAACGCUGCCUCCUAGUGUCCCGGCUGUUUGGGGACGAGUCAGACCUGCAGUUUUGGAAUGUGGCGGCCCAUUACAUCAAGUCUUUCGCACAGGCACGGCAGCUCAGUGUGCCUGCUCCUGAUGGGCAGACACAGACAGAGAGCUCCCAGAGUACCGCACAGUGCCAUCUGGACAUCUGCCACGAUAUUCUGUGUGAAAGCUCCUUCUUUCAGAGAUUCCAAUUAGAAAGGGUUCAUCUGCAGGAGGUGAAGAGAUCCAGCUAUGAACACACCAAGAAAUGUGCAGACCAACUGCUUCUCCUGGGACAGACAGACCGGGCGGUGCAGCUGCUGCUGGAGACGAGUGCUGACAACCCGAGCUACUACUGCGACUCGCUUAAAGCCUGCCUUGUGACAACUAUCCCAUCCUCUGGACCUUCUCAGAGCACCAUUAAACUAGUAGCCACCAAUAUGAUCGCCAGUGGAAAGCUAGCAGAGGGCGUGCAGUUGCUGUGCUUGAUUGACAAGGCAGCAGACGCCUGUCGUUAUCUGCAGACAUAUGGCGAGUGGAACCGCGCCGCGUGGCUGGCAAAGGUGCGUCUGAACCCAACCGAAGCCUCGGACGUGCUGAAGCGCUGGGCUGAGUACCUCUGCUCUCCUCAGGUCAACCAGAAGUCCAAGGCUAUCCUGGUCCUCCUUUCGCUCGGCUGCUUCCAGAAAGUGGGCGAGAUGCUCCUCAGUAUGAGGUAUUUUGACCGGGCUGCUCUUUUCAUUGAAGCCUGUCUGAGAUAUGGUGUGAUGGAGGCUAACGACACCACUAAUAAGCUAAUAGGGGGAGCGUUUUCCUCCUAUGCCACACUUCUUCGCUCUGUUGGAUUGAGAGAGGGAGCAGCGCUGUGGGCCUCCAAGGCUGGAGGAGCAGGAGAGGAGCUCCUGGAGGAGUUGUUCCAGAACGAAGGAACAGGAUCGGGAUCGGAUCUCACACCUGGCGAGGAGGAAAAGAAAAGCAGCCCGGGUGUCGCUGAAUCCCACUAGAGGAGACACGGGAAAGAAUAGGGUGUAGGGUUUUUAGUGAAGAAUGUAUGUUCAUGUGUACUGUGUGUGUGUGUGUGUGUGUGUGUGUGUGUGUGUGUGUGUGUGUCUGCGCGCGCACCUAUAAAGAAAGCAUGCACUCUGUCCUUGGGUUUGUUUCCCCCUCUUUGCAUUGAGGGGUCAUGUUGCCCACUACCUUGACUCACACACAUGUAUACUAUGACAGUGAAAACAUUCAAUAUAUAUUUUUAAUCAGCUACAUCAAUAACAGUAACCAAAUAUGCUGUUUCAGACAUUCCAAAUUUGCCUCUUUUUUUGUUGCACUUUUUAUUUUGAUCAAACAAUUCACUUGAAGUAACUCAGAAAUGAAGUAUGUAUUGGAGAACAACUUCUCAUGACUGGAGUGUCUUUAUUCCAUAGUGAUUUGCCAACAAUUCCAGUUUUUUGUUCUAAUGAACAUGUUAGCAUUUUGAUUGUUGCAAUCAAAUUGGUGCAUUUGAUGUCAUGGAACCUAAGAAAGUCCCUGGUAUUACUUACGUACAUUAUAGAAGGUACAUAACAGUACAUAUUCCUGCUCCAGCCCUUUUUCCCCUCUCACGUGAAGUUAUUAUAUUGGUUAAAUAUCCAGUUUGAUAGAAAGUUAUACAAAUCCUUUAUUAUGAGUUGUUAGAGGAAAUUAAUAAACACUUUCCUUCCACCUCACAUUCACUGAGUUUAUUCAGUCACUUAAUGUCUGAAAUGUAAAAAAAACCAUAAUAUUUAAGAAUGAAACGUCUUGGGAAUUAACAUUUCGUAUCUUUUUUUAAUUUAAGGAGAGAGAUGUGACUUGCAUUAAGCAAGAUUUAACUAAACAUUUCGAAUCAGCUCCAGAAUGAGGUACUAUAUACUGUAUAGAAAGAGUGGGACCAAAUUUAAAAGUUAAAAAAAAUGUGUGUGGGAAAAAAAGAGAGAGAAAGGACCAGUAUUUUAUUCAUUAUGAAUAUUGAAUGAGGGCAUAAUUCUUAGUGCGGUUUGGGGCAAUCUUAGUGCUGUAGUCAUGUCUAUUUGUGCUGUCUGUGUUUCUGCAAUCAGAGAGGAAAGACACAUACAUAGUGUCAUUUCUCAAGGCACGCCUCCUUUUUUUUAAUGCUAUUUAGUCAAUUUCUUUGAAUAAACAGUACAUAUAGACGCUUGCUGUUCUUCACCUUGUUCUCUGUACUAAAAUUCUGUGGUCCAGAAACACUGGAAAAAAAAUACUGUCUCUAAAUAUUGUCAUAUACGGUGAUGGUUCUUGUGAAUUUGUGCAUGCUUUGUGAUUGUCAGAUGAAUAAAUAUGUGUAUAAGAAAAGCAAUAAGUGUUCAUAGAA